GAAGCAGCCAUAAUCAUUGGGUUACAUUUUCUGUGUUGAACGGAGGUGGAAAUCUCGCUGUCAUGGCAAGAACCAAGCAGACUGCUCGUAAGUCCACCGGCGGCAAAGCCCCGAGGAAACAGCUCGCUACUAAAGCCGCCCGUAAGAGCGCUCCAGCCACCGGUGGAGUCAAGAAGCCUCAUCGUUACAGGCCCGGAACUGUGGCGCUGAGAGAGAUCCGCCGUUAUCAGAAGUCCACUGAGCUGUUGAUUCGCAAACUGCCUUUCCAGCGUCUGGUGAGAGAGAUCGCUCAGGAUUUCAAGACGGAUCUGCGCUUCCAGAGCUCCGCCGUCAUGGCCCUGCAAGAGGCCAGUGAGGCUUAUUUGGUCGGUCUCUUCGAGGACACCAACUUGUGUGCCAUCCACGCCAAGAGAGUCACCAUCAUGCCCAAAGAUAUUCAGUUGGCCCGCCGCAUUCGCGGAGAGCGCGCUUAAAUCCACAGUGACGUCAACCACAAAGGCUCUUUUAAGAGCCACCUCAAUUCCACUGAACGAGUUUAUUUCCAGUCGAACUUGCUGGUUUAUAAAGCGAGACGUGUUUGCUGUUGUGUCUGCUGACUUGGAGCCGAUCACAUAACGCUAAAACGCGAGUGACAAAUGUUUUUUAGCUCUACAUUAUUACUCGCAUCGAAAAUACCAAGUUAUAGUACUUGCUGUAUAUGCAAUUUGACAUUACUAUAUAGCACUCAUGUCUGUUAUUUUAUUAUGCUGCUUAUUUCUCAUUUUAGUCCACUAGUUUUGAUCUCCGUUUACGUUGAGUUUCGGGUAAUAUUUCAUAAUCAAGUGCGGUUGUUCAUUUUCUGUGUGUUUCUACCAGGUCCUGUAGGCGAAAUUAAAACCUGGCUGUUGUAUAUUGUUUGUUUUUCUAAAUUAUAAUUACUAUAUAAUGCUUUUGUAAU